AUGCCCACCACACCGCGGCCGAACAAAAUCGCUGCAGCAAAAGGCUAUGGCGCCAACGUUGUCUUCUCCGGACCGGACUUCUCAGGCCACGAGGUCGUCGCGGCCAGAAUCGUCGCCGAGUUCACGGGCGCCAGGCUCGUGCCGCCCCAUGGCCAACGUUAUGUCAUCCUCGGCCAGGCGAAGGCGGAACUAGAGCCCCACGGCGGCGGCCUCCUCUUCGAUACGACCCUCAGUUGCGAGGGCACACGCAUGAAAGUCUUUGGCGCAGAGCCCGAAUUUGAGGGCGCCGACGACGGGCGGAGGAGAUUUUACUCCUGCAUGAGCAUUGCCUAA